AUGUUUUCUUAUAUAUACAUUAUAUAUUGUUUUAUUUCAAUUGUUCACGCUUUUUUACAUAUUCCAAAUUAUAAAUGUCCAGGAGAAGAGACCCUUCGAAAGUGUCUUGGUCAUCGUAUUAAAGGACCUAUUUAUUAUCGUAAAGAUUUUGCCUAUAAAAGUGAUCUUUUAUUGGAAAAUAAUGCACGAGUAGUUUAUUUUCCGGUGGCAUUUGUCCAUCCAGUAGAUGUAUUUGAUGUUCAGAGUGCUAUUAAAUGUGGAGCAAAGUUAAAAUUUACCGUUAUUGCAAGAUCAGGUGGACAUUCUUUUGAAAGUUAUAGUAUUGGAGAUAGAGAUUGUACUUUAAUUGUUGAUCUUAGAUACAUGAAUAAGAUUAUCAUAGAUGUAACCACACAAACUGCUAAAAUCGAAACAGGAAAUACUCUGGAUACAUUAUAUCGUAGUUUGAAUGAGCAUGUAUUUGCUUUUCCAGGUGGUGGAUGUUCUUCUAUUGGUGUUGGUGGCAUUAUUUUGGGUGGUGGUAAUGGAUAUAUAAUGCGAAAAUUUGGAAUGUCAUGCGAUAAUAUUCUUGAUGCACAAAUUGUCUUAGCAAAUGGAACAAUAGUUAAUCAUGCUAAAAAAUAUCCAGAUCUUUUCUGGGCUCUUCGAGGUGCAGGAAAUGCAGGUUAUGGUAUUGUUACUACUUUAACUAUUAAAAUCUAUCCUAUUCAGAAGAUCGUAACUAGCAUGGCUUUUACUUAUGAUUUUGAUCAGGCUCAAUUAGUAUAUUCAGUGAUAAAUAAAUUGGGAAACAGUUUUCAUCAAAAUUUCACUUUAAUGAUUGAUCAUCGAAAUAAAACUAUGUUCCAAAUUCGUGGGUAUUAUCUAGGUUCUUUAAAUGAAGCAAAACCUCACAUACAAGAACUUAUUAAAUUGACUAAACCUAAAGAUGAAUCAUAUGUUGAAGGAGAAUGGUAUAAUGCAGUUCUUGAAAAUACGACCGGAACCAGGAAUUAUUAUAAAGUUAAAUCUUUUUAUAUUAACUCACCAGGACUAUCUUAUGAAGGAGUUGAGUAUUUAAUGAAAUUUAUAAAAAACUUCAAAUGUACUUUCUGGGUGGGAAUAAUAUUAAUUGGAGGUGGAAGAGUUAACGAAAUUGGACGAAAUGAAAUGGCGUUUGUUCACAGGGGUUUUAUGUAUGUGCAGACAAUUGAAGCAGUCUUAGAUGAGAAUAAUUAUGAAAUCUGUUUAAAAGAUUUAGAUAAUUUUUCUCUAGUCUUUCAAAAAAAUUAUACUAGUUCUGAAAGUUAUCAAAAUUCAAUUGAUAGAAAAUUAGAUAAUUGGCAAUGCAGAUAUUAUGGAGAGAAUUUUGGAAAAUUGGUAAAAAUUAAACAGAAAUAUGAUCCUAAUAAUUUAUUUAAUUGGAAUCAAAGUAUACCUACUAAUACUGAAACUUCAUGUUAUUAG